UGAUAAAGAAUCUGACACAAGAAAGAGAGAGGGAGAGAGAGAGAGAAUGAGCCAAGAAAAAGACAAAAACAGAGGAGCUUCUCCUUCAUCUUACGGCACGUUUCAAGGUGUCCCUACUUAUCCUCCGCCGCCGCACCCUCCUCCGCCGUCGCAUCAUCAUACGGUCACCGGAUUCCCUCAGCCGUCUCCACCUCCCGGAGCAACUCAGCACGACAUUUCCGUUUAUCAAUACGUUCAAGAACAUCAAACCGUUCCUGGUUACCCUGUUUCUGAAGGAAGACCUGCAAGAGAAAACCGUCUUCCUUGUUGUGGUCUUGGCCUCGGUUGGUUCUUGUUCAUCAUUGGUUUCCUUCUUGGUGCACUCCCAUGGUACAUAGGCGUAUUCAUUCUAGUAUGUGCUAGGAUCGAUCCGCGAGAGAAACCAGGAUACAUAGCUUGUACCAUCGCAGCUGGUAUUGCUACAAUUGCCAUAUUUUUUGGUGUCAUGGGAGGAAGAGGAGCAUGGUCGUGAAAGUUUGGAAAUUAAGACAUUGCUCAUCAAAGUAUCUUGAAUUUGUGCUUGAUGGAAUGUCUCAAAAAUUGAGCUGUGUUUUUCAAUAGAAUCGAGAGCUGGUUUGGACUUUACAAAAGAUUUGAAUAUAAAUUUUUAUCAUGGGGACAAACUCUCAUACUUAAUUUGACUUUUCAGAAUC